AUGAACAAGCAGAAGUCAAAUAAUAGCUCCAAUAACAGUGGAACAUCUUCGGAGACUAGUGAGACUCAAAGUGUUGAAGACCAUCAAACAGUUUUACUAUCUAACAAUCGUAGUUUAUCAUUGAGUAGGGCCAAAAAUAGCUGGAAACGUAUGAAGGAACUGGCUUCAGAAAAGGAAAAGGAAAAUGAAUCUAAACGCCCACCAUGGCGCGCAGUUAGCGUGUCAACGCUUACCAAACCUGACAAGAGUGCAUUGCUGCGUGCUAAAUUACUUGAUGCAUCAAGACGAUUAAGAGCUGGAAAAGCAAAUGUAGGUCUUCAAACGGACUUUGUGCCGACUAAGCUUAUGAAAGAAGCAAGCGUGGAUGCACAAUAUGAUUUAAUUUUGCACAAAGAUAUUGGGAUUCUUACCGAUGGACAAUAUUGUAGGAAGAAGGAUGGCUUUCAGCAGUAUAUUUUGACCUAUUCCAUGUCACAAAUGACCGACAGCAUUGCUACAGUUUCUCGGUAUACACAAACGCUUCUGCCAAAAGCUUAUAAUAAGGACGUCAUUAAUAGUUACUUAAUACAAUGUAACGAAGAUGAAAAUGGUAUUGUUUCAAAUUUGGAGACGGGUUUCGAUGAUACAAUUACUAGAAUACGAAAGUUGUAUUUUGACGAGGAGUCUCAAUUACAAAGACAUGCGGUAGGCGCAAAUCGUGUCGGUCUAAACUUAACACCUACCCUAGCCUCGUGGAAUUUUGAUGAUGAUCCAGUUGAAAUGGAAUCUGAUCAACAUUUUAUACCUUAUACCAUAGACUCGUACAGCCCGUGGCGCAGUUUCGCACCUAUUCCUUUUCAGUUGAGGGGCAAUUCAGUUAUUGGAACUAUGAAAAUUGAUUGGUAUGCACUGCUGCAGUCUAUCGAUGAACUAAUAAAGGAGUCAAACCAUUUAGUAGACAAACUUGAACACAUUAUGCUGGGCAAUAGUUUGCAUCAAAAAACUUUUUUGACUAAUAUAGAUCAAAUUACAAAAUUCAAGUCUAGCAACAUUAAGCCCCCAUCUGAGCAUUGGUUGCCAAUCAUUGAACAACAAGAGAAGCAAUUAAAAGCUAUUUUAAGCACGCCUGAAUCCAGUUAUGCUACCCCCGAAUAAAGAAUAUGUUCUUAAU